AUGACCACAUCGACCAUGACCUCAUGUGGUUCUUCAAUGAGUGACACGGAUGCAAUUCCAGGACCUCAAUCAUCCAUUACAAAGAAGAGAAAGACUAGAUGUUGUCGAUCCAUUGACAGAAUGGAAAUUAGUAAAUACUUUUCCAUUAAGGAAGAAGAGGCAGCGAAAGAAAUGAACAUUUCCAAGUCAAAACUCAAAAGAGUUAAAAAGGAAAUGGGUAUUUCGAGAUGGCCUUACCGUCGAUUGGAAGCACUCAAUCAAGAACUAAAAGAAGUUCGAGAUUUGAUUCAUACCUCGAAAGAUCCUUCCAAUGAUAGUGAUGUAGCCAUUGUAGAAACAACGAGUCAAGCCAACAACAACUUGACACAACUAUGUGAACAGGAGAAGAUUCUCCAACGAUCGAUAGAUUUAAUCUAUCAAAUGCCAAAUAUCAUUGUGAAUCAAAGCAAUGAGAACAUUAAGGAAAUUUGUUUCAAAACACAACGAAUUUCAUUGAACAAUUUACUCAACCUGUAA